AUGGCGGCAAAUUUGACCCUGAGCAUCCGCUAUUUGAUGUUGACCAGCUCGAAGAACCUGCUGAGACAGACCAACUGGGACAUAUGCGACAAGGUGUUGGAUUUUCAUGGCUUUGGUCUUUAUAUAUAUGAGAUUAAUCCUCAUACUCCCCUUCAGCCAAGGUAUCCGAAAGUGAUAGUCCAGCUCAAGACAAUCUGGAGCCAAGCCAAAGGUCGUGGUCCCGAAUCAGUGGAAGGGUCAUCUCACUUCACUAGGGAGUCCUCGAUUGUUGAGACAGACUCGCAUGUUUUCGAAGGCCACGAAGGCAUUAUCGAUGAGCGGCUGCUAUUUGGCCAUCAGGCUACCACUCAUCGACGCCUCGAUAUUCGGUCCAAAUCCGCCAAGGCACCCGAAAAUGACGACGUCCAGUGGUGGAGGAAGGGAGAAAGGUUUCCGCUACGGCAACACUGA